UUUUGCUCACCCGAAAAGUGGGUGGCUUCAAACAAAAGUUAUGUCCUGAAUUGUUGAUCACAGCGAGAGGUAAAUACCAUUAAAAUAAAAGGUGGAAUUUUGAACUUUUGUCUGCUAGUCAUCCUUUCAUCUGAAACACAAAUGACUUCAGUUCACAAGAAAAGGGAAUUGACCUUGCUCCUCUAAUACGUUUGGAGGGGUCUUGAUGGAACACUUGACAUGAGUGAACAAAUGAAUACGACUCCCUAAACUCAUAUCAUGACUCGACUCAAAUUCUCAAGCUUAAAUGUGUCACCACACAUGAGUCAUAAUGAUUAGUUUUCAUCCCAGUAAUUCCAUGUUUUAUCUUUUUAGUACAUCAUGACCUUGUCAUCCAGAUUAUUUGUAUUAUAAUGAUGGAUAUUAUGUAAAAUAAAACCAAAAAUGAAAUUGAGGGGAAAGAAACGGAGGUGUGAUGUGACUCACGAGUCCAGGUAGGAGGAUACUUGUGGAAAUGAGAGGGGAGAAAGGGGGAGGCGUCCUCUCGCAGCUCAGCCAGACAAGUAAAGAGUUAACGGGGCGGUGGGUUUGCCCAUUCUCCACUUUGAGUGACGCGAUCAUCUCUCUUCUUCCCCCAAGUUUUCUUGUUAUCAGAGCAGGCGGCCGAGCUGCUUGGACGUCAGCUGCGUGGUGUGUGUCCGAGCGCGUGCGCGUCUCUAUGCUUGCGUGACACCCUCGAGCACUACAACACGCCGACAACGUUGUUGACGUGAACGCGCCACCUCCAACCAACCAAAAAAAAAAAAAAGCAUGAUGACUUUUUCCUCUCCGGCGGACUCCUCGAUGUUGUCUCGAGGCGUGAAGCUUUCUCUCUGAGCGGAAGGUGGAUCUUCCCGAAAACUGCGAGUGGCUUUUUCGCGUGCGAAGAAAAAGGAGGAGUUUGGCUGAAAUCCCCACAAAUACAGUCACAAAUGCCACGGAGGAAACAAGAGGCGCCCAAGCGCGCACCAGCGUAUUCUCCGGAGGAGCUGACAAAGCACCCUGCAGAGGAUGAGGAGGCAGAAGCAGGCGACCUGCCCGCAGCCCCUCAGGAUGACCUUCCCAUGAAAGAUGAGAUUGUGGAGAAAAGUGUCGGGUCUGCCAAGGACCAAGCAUGUGACCAGGAAUCAGUAGGGGCUGCAGAGCUGUCAGGGCAGGAGAUGGACAGCGAGUCACAUGUGAGCGAGAUCAGUGAUUGUCUCUCAGACUUUGACAGCCCCUCCGGAAAAACUGAAGGAAACUUGGGCACGGCGCCUCUAAAUGGUGGCACGAAGACACCACCCGUUGGUAUGGACACUUUGGAACAUAUGAAGGCCAUCUACUCCAGCUUCCUCACCAGUCCUCUGUGGGCACCGCUGAACUUUAAUACAAAACCGAUACAGGUGCCACCAUCUGCUUCGACAGAGAAGCCAACUCGCAGCAACAGCACCAGUAGCAGUAGUAGCUGUAGUAGUGGCAGCUAUGAUUGGCAUCAGUCAGCGGUGGCAAAGACGCUUCAGCAAACUCCUCCCCAGAGUCAUCAUACUGCCCAGUCUGAGCCAAGCCUUUUUAGCACAGUCCAGCUCCACAGGCAAAAUCCCAAGUUGUUUGGUUCAAUUUUUACUGGGGCCAGCAAGUUCCGCUGCAAGGGCUGCAGUGCCGCUUACGACACACUGGUCGAGCUGACAGUUCAUAUGAACGAUACGGGCCACUACCGGGAUGACAACCAGGAUAAAUCAGGAAAUGGUGCAAAGCGCUGGUCCAAGCCCCGCAAACGGUCUCUUUUAGAAAUGGAGGGCAAAGAGGAUGCCCAGAAGGUUUUGAAGUGCAUGUACUGUGGCCACUCCUUUGAAUCUCUACAGGACCUUAGUGUCCACAUGAUCAAGACCAAACACUACCAGAAAGUGCCUCUGAAGGAGCCCAUGGCCCCCGUGGCCACUAAAAUUUUAUCUUCUAAAAAAAGGGGACUUCUGGGGCUGGAGCACACUGCCUCACCACGUUCCAGAGAAGGAACCCCAAAAGUUAAGCCCUCGCAUUCAGACUUGAGUGAAUCCUCACAGAAACGUUCCUCCAGCCCCUACACCGCUUCUAGUAACCGAUAUGCUCACCAGAACGGCGGUAGCUAUGCCUGCCAGUUUGAAUCCAACAAAUUCCAGAUCCUCAAAUGUAUGGAGUGUGGGAGUUCACACAAUACAUUGCAAGAGCUGAGGACCCACAUGAUGGUGACUGGGCACUUUCUGAGGGUGACGAACUCUGUAGGAAAGCGAACCAAAACGCAUCCUGAGGCCACCUCCCCUAACCCUGGGAGAGUGACCACACCUACGGAGCCAAGAGUUCAGUCCGUCCCACUGGCACCGUCCAGCUUCUCUCCUCCGCCUCUUCAAACCACUCCAACCCCCCCUGCCAGCUCUCCUCCUCUCAAAGAGAUCAAAAGGGAGGAGGUUGAAGAGGAGUGUACAAAGCAAGAGGACCUUGGCAAUGAAAAACAAAUUUCAGUCAGGAAGGAGGAGGAUCCAGAGAAGGAGGAAAAAUAUGAUAUCUCAAAGUAUAACUACCUUACUGAGGAAGACCUGAAGGAGGGUCCUAAAGGGGGCCUGGAUAUUCUGAAAUCGCUGGAAAACACUGUGACAUCAGCUAUCAACAAGGCCCAGAGUGGGAAUCCAAGCUGGGGGGGCUAUCCUAGCAUUCACGCAGCUUACCAGUUCCCCAGUGCCAUCAAGCUACAACAGGGGAGCAUUGAAAAGAACUCCCCAAUGAAGUUCUUGUUUAAUGGUGGGGAUGGAGUGUUGUCCCCCCUCACCAGCAACCAGCCUCUAAUUAGCCCACCUCUUACCCAGUCCUCCCCCUUUCCCAGCAACAACUUCCAGGCGAUGGAAGAUUUAGUGAAAAAAGUGACUGAGAAAGUAGCAAAAGUGGAGCAAAGGGUGAAGCGGUUGUCUCCCAAAAGGGAAAACCAUCUCUCCCCCUGCAAAAGUGAGGCGGGUGAAUUGCAUAAGGGUGGACAGGUUGACUCACCUCGGGAAAUGAGGGCACUCACCCCAGCCAAUAGUGACAGGGGAAUCCAUAGCGACCAAGCAUCCCCGGCAACAGAAACCACGAGAGAGGCAGCAGUUAAAUCCCCGCAUGCCUCCGAUUUAACAUGCAGCACCGCCAUCAUCACUGGCCAUUCUCCUCCAGAGCAGCCCUUUGUCAAUCCUCUAAGUGCUCUUCAGUCAGUAAUGAGCAUUCAUUUGGGGAAAGCAGCCAAGCCCUCUUUGCCCAACCAAGAUCCGCUGAGCCUCCUCUCCCGGUUCAGCCAGAGCAUGGCCGAGAGGGCCGCUGUGGCUGCCCCUCCCCUACAGACUAAGAAGCCUGAAACUGUAGUUGACAGUAGUUUUUGUCAGUCCAGUGACGACCAGCCUAUGGACCUCACAAAAGGGAAAGGUGAGAAAGGAAUAUCGAUGGCGUCGGCUCCCUUAACACCCUCAUCCACUGCCUCCUCCAUCUCGCCCUCCUCUCUUGUCACCCCUGUACAGCUAACAGUGGUUUCUCCAUAUACAUCCAACAGUCCUUUGCAUGAGAAUGCCUUGUCUGAUAUCUCAGACAUGCUGAGAAACCUGACACAAUCCCAGCCCGCCCCGAAACCAGCAUCUCGGUCACGGGUCACCGAUAAAGUCGAGGGCCUGGUCUCUGCAUGCGAUGAUGACGAUGGAAAUCUGCACGGUCAUAAACGCAAGGGUCGACACUCCAGCUGGAAUCCCCAGCACCUCCUCCUCCUGCAGGCACAGUUCGCCUCCACUUUGAGACAGACCUCCGAGGGGAAAUACAUCAUCAAUGAUCUCAGCCCACAGGAGAGAAUGCACAUAUCUCGUUUCACAGGUCUCUCAAUGACGACCAUUAGCCACUGGCUAGCUAAUGUCAAGUACCAGCUAAGAAGAACCGGUAGGACCAAGUUCCUGAAGAACUUGGACUCUGGUCAGCCUGUAUUCUUCUGUAGUGACUGUGCCUCACAGAUCCGAACCCCGUCAGCAUAUGUUGGUCACCUGGAAGCGCACCUCGGCUUUAGAAUCAGGGACUUGGCUAAGCUCUCGCCAAAACAGACUGUCAGGGACUCCCACACUCUCGCUGAGAAGCUAGCGCCCCUGGAGUCGUACAUGUCGCCACAAGAUGACUGCAGUAGUAAUGGCUCUGUGUACCGCUGCCAGCUCUGUGUCCGUAAAUUUGCCACUAAGCAUGCCAUCAAACUUCACCUCAGCAAGAGUCACGGGAAGUCUCCAGAGGACCACUUGCUCUAUGUGUGCGAACUCGAAAAGCACUAGUGUGCUGUCAUCAGUCGAAAACUGGAUGAAGUUCCAUUGAAUUUGUUGAAAACUUAAAUACAAAUUGUGGUAUAAUGCACUAAAAUGCCAAGAACUACUACUGGUAUAAAAAAAAAAAAAAAAAAAGUGUCAGCACAAAGAAUUUGCAUCUGUCGGGUCUUGAGGAUUUUCAAGGGUCUCUGUAUUUAAAGAUAAAGUGUUUUCAUAUAAAAUUUGAAUGUCCAAAAAAAAUUCAACCAAAUUUGUUGGUAAUUGUGUCAUAUGUCUCAAUUUUUGUGCACCUUUUGAUGUGAAAGACAAAAGGUAAAUACUCUAAGUCAACAAACAACUUGAAAUUCAUCGACUCUAUUUAUUUUGUAUUUGGGGGAUUUUUUUGGGGGAGGGGGCGUUGAUUUGGUGAUAAACUGCAUGUUCAGAUCUUAACAUUUGUACAGUCCUGUCCUGUCCUGCCCCAAGUUUUAAAAUGACACUUCUAAUUGGUCUUCUUGUAACAGCUUAAAACAACCAAAUACCCCGAAAAGCUCUUAAAAAAAAAAACAUCAGCCAAACAGCAAAAUUGUAUGUUUAAAUGUAGUUCUAUGUCUAUCUUUGGAGUUUCUUGCUGAUUGUAAAAGAUUCACUGUACUUUAUAAUUGAGUGUGAGACAAAAUCCAGGUCUGUUUAUGUAAAAAUGUACAUAUAGUGUAUAUGCUUACAACUCGCUGUUUAAAUUAUGCAUACUUGUUAUAUUUCUUAAUUUAAAAAGGACUAUGACUAUCCACUGGUGCAGAGCCUUGAAGAAGAAUAAAAGGACAAUGUUUUGCACACUAGUUUUAUAAAUGUUAUUUGAUAAAGAAAAAAAAACAACUAUGUUAAUGCCUUGUGCUUCUAUUAUUAAACUGAAUUAAUGCUG